AUGAAGGCCCCGCCAGACGUCAGAUGGAGAGGAGGAACGACGGAGAUAGUUAGUGUUGUAGAUGGCAAGACCCUACUAACGUCAGCGUUACAAUCCCGUUUACCAGAGACAUACGCCUGUUAUUUUAAUGACGGUAGUGCGACAGUUCACGCAAAAAGAAUGCAACGUUUUGAAGUAACUAGCAAUUAAUCGAUUGAAUUUAAAAUAACAAAAACGUGAAGGGACGGCCAGCUAUGUUUACAUAAUCAGAAAAAAGGUUUGUCUGGGUUUUUUGGCCGUGCAUUCACAUCGUACUACAAUCUUCGAAUGAGAGUUUUGAUGUAAUUGGUUGGGGACAGGGGAAGCUCCCGCAUUUAAGCUAAACCGGACAGAUUCUGGCAUCAGUGAAAGCAGCAGAGGGAAACCACCAAACUUGUCAAAAAUGAAAUUUACUGAACAUCUGUCAGCUCACAUCACGCCAGAGUGGAGAAAACAGUACAUCCAGUAUGAGGCUUUCAAAGAGAUGCUAUAUGCUGCUCAGGACCAGGCGCCAUCUGUGGAAGUCACAGAUGAGGAUACAGUCAAGAGGUACUAUGCCAAAUUUGAGGAGAAGUUCUUCCAGACCUGCGAAAAAGAGCUUGCCAAAAUCAACACCUUCUAUUCUGAAAAGCUUGCUGAAGCUCAGCGGCGUUUUGCAACUCUGCAGAAUGAGCUUCAAUCGUCCUUGGAUGCCCAGAGGGAGAGCUCUGUCAGUGGGCGGGGCCUGAGAAGAAGGAAGACGGUAUUUGCCCUUUCACAGCAGGAGAGAUGCAAACACAGAAAUAUAAAAGAUCUGCAGUUGGCCUUCUCAGAGUUUUACCUCAGCCUCAUACUGCUACAGAACUAUCAGAACCUGAACUUCACAGGUUUCAGAAAGAUUUUGAAGAAGCAUGAUAAGAUUUUGGAAACAUCGAAGGGAGCUGACUGGAGGGUGGCCCAUGUUGAAAUGGCUCCAUUUUACACAUGCAAGAAGAUUACCCAGCUCAUCUCUGAGACAGAGGCAUUGGUCACAACAGAAUUGGAAGGUGGUGACAGACAGAAGGCCAUGAAGAGGUUGAGGGUUCCUCCACUGGGAGCUGCACAACCUGCCCCUGCUUGGACCACCUUCAGAGUUGGCCUUUACUCUGGAGUGUUCCUUGUCUUGAUAGUCACAGUUGUCAUUACAGGAGCUGAUUGGAUUCGACCUGAUAGGAUUCAGCCUUUUGAAGUCUGGCCUAUGGUCAGGAUCUACAGAGGAGGCUUCCUGUUGAUAGAAUUUCUUUUCCUUUUAGGGAUCAACACAUAUGGCUGGAGGCAGGCAGGUGUUAACCAUGUACUCAUAUUUGAACUGAACCCCAGAAAUAAUCUGUCCCACCAGCAUCUGUUUGAGAUUGCAGGGCUAUUGGGGGUGUUGUGGUGUGUAAGCCUGCUGUCCUGUCUGUUCAGUGACAGCAUUCUUGUACCAAUGCAAGCCAAUCCGCUGGCCCUUUAUGGCUUCUUCCUCCUAUUCCUCAUCAAUCCUUUCAAAACCUGUUAUUACAAGUCACGCUUCUGGUUGCUCAAACUGCUGUUUCGCGUGGUGACGGCUCCAUUUCAUCGUGUUGGAUUUGCAGACUUCUGGUUGGCUGAUCAGCUAAACUCUCUAGUUGUGGUUCUAAUGGAUCUGGAGUACAUGAUAUGUUUCUACAGUUUUGAGCUGGACUGGAAAAAACACAAUGGACUCAUAAGCAACGGGAAUGACGUAUGUAACUCCUACUCCUAUGGGGUUCGUGCAGUGAUCAAAUGUCUUCCUGCAUGGUUCCGAUUUGUCCAAUGUCUACGACGUUACCGUGACACCAAAAGGGCAUUUCCGCACUUGGUUAAUGCUGGGAAGUACUCCACUUCCUUCUUUGUUGUCACCUUCUCUGCUCUGUACAGCACACACAAAGCUCAAGCAGAAGCCCAGAUCUUCUUCUAUUUGUAUAUCACCUGUUUAUUGGUCAGCUCAUGUUAUACACUCAUUUGGGAUCUGAAGAUGGACUGGGGUCUGUUUGACCGCAACGCAGGGGAAAAUACAUUUUUGAGAGAGGAGAUAGUUUACCCACACAAGGCCUAUUACUACAGUGCCAUAGUGGAGGAUGUUCUCUUGCGUUUUGCAUGGAUUUUAACCAUCUCCUUAACCACCCUUACUGAUUUUCCUGGUGUGUCCGACAUACUUGCUACUGUACUGGCUCCACUUGAGGUCUUUCGGCGUUUUGUGUGGAACUUCUUCCGUCUUGAGAAUGAACAUCUUAACAACUGUGGUGAGUUCCGGGCUGUCAGAGAUAUUAGUGUAGCCCCGCUCAAUGCCGAUGACCAAACACUGCUGGAGCAGAUGAUGGACCAAGAGGAUGGAGUCAGGAACCGGCAAGGAAAAAAGAACUGGAAGAGAAGCUACAGCAUGAGUCUACGUAGGCCACGGCUGGCUUCACAGUCAAAGACCCGAGACACCAAGGUUUUGAUAGAAGAUACAGAUGAUGACUCCUGACAUCAGGCCACGCCCCUUGCCUGGGUCCAAAAUUUAUUCAAAGGAGGAAACUCAACCUCUUAAAUAAGGACUUACCCAGAAAGUGGGCGUUAAAUUCUAGUCAAGUCAGAGUUUUGAACUUAUUAUUUUUCCGCAAUGCAUGAACCUCUGCUUUCGGUUCAGAGUUGUUUCAAGGGAAAAUGUUUUACCUUUUGAACAGUCAAACCAGCUAUUGGGCCAUUUCAUCUUCUGUAAUAACCAGUGGUGGGCUUAACACUAAAGCUCUACCUGACCUAAGUAGUGGGAUGAAUUUUUUCCAUAGCAGCCACAAAAAGGUGGACUCUUUCACUGCACCCAUACCCAGCCAUUGCUUUGGGCAUCUUCAAAAGCCUCUGCACAAACAUUGCCUCUAUAUAGAGUUCAAGUCACUUUGUAAUGAAGUGUUCCUCCCCCUUUUUUCAGUGCCACAUAACUCCAACACAUGGAGAGAGGUGAACAACUGCCAUUCUUUUCUGUGUACUACACUCAUGGAAAGACACCUUGGAAGAAAAAUGUGUUCAACCAGCACAUCAUAAGUUUUGAUGUGGCCAUGUGAUUUUACACUUUGAAUGAGACGGGGAUCUUUCUUCCAGCAUUGGAGAAUCGGAAAGUGCCCCCCCUUUCAACCUCUUUUCUUUCACUGUGGUGACAACAGACAGUGCUGAUCAACAAAUGGCACUUGUGGCCUCUCAAUCGGUCCUUGUUUGUUUAACUCUCCCUAUCAAUUCAUCACAAAGCUGCCUAGUAGUACCUAACAUGCUUUGGAAAUAUGUGAAACAGAAACGCGCAACUUUGUAUUAAAGUUUAAUUAGAAUAGAAUAUCAGUUUGUUCACACAUACACAGUAAUUUUUAUAUGUUCAAUUGUCGAUGGAUGUUUGAUAUUUUAUCAUUAUUCAUUGUUCUGUUUUAGAAUCUUGAGCAUUGACGCAUACAUAGAAUAGAAAUAUUUCCUUAGAGUGUUUGUAACUUGAGAGAAUACACUCAUUGAAGUAAUUUUUUUCCCAACUUAACAAAUUGAAAAGCAAGCAUUCAGAAUUAAUGGAGCACCAUCUGGAGGGUUUUGUAUAGCAGUGAUUCACCCCAUUUAUCUUGCAACAGCUUUCACUCAGCUUUUGUGAAAAAAAUAUCACCCUUUGAGAAAUUGUCCUUUUGAAUGUAUUAUGAUUUUUCAUAUAGAUGAGCAUAUGGCCGGAGCCUAUCCCAACUGUCAUUGGGUGAGAGCUGGAAUAAACCUUUGUGCAUCACAGGACAAUACAAGGAUGAACAAGGACUCAAAAAGAAUAAUUAAGAAUCAGUUCAGAAACAAGGACUCAAAAAGAAUAAUUAAGAAUCAGUUCAGAAAUGCAGCUGUUGUUAAUUAUAGCUCUAUUAUGAAUCCCCAAAGCUUUUGGAAUUCUCUGGAAAUCCAUGUAAUACAAAGUGUAAACACUCCUCUCUUGGUUGCCUUGAUAAGUUAUAUGUAUAUCUGUAAACUGAAAUGAAAAGGUUGCAGACAUUCAUUGUGGAAAAUUGUACAAUUUAUUGAUUUGAUAGGAAGUGUUUGCAUCACAAAAUUGUCAUUCCCUUUAAUUGACUGCGUCGAUCAUACCAUUUUUGUUUUUAUAUUAUGCUGGUUAUGCCAUUGUUUGGCAAUGCUGAAUAUGCAACAGGUAUUCCACUGUUGUUUCUAAAAGACAGCUUUGAUAGUGUUUGGCAAAACACUUCUCUAGAUGUCACUGUUAGGGUUAAAAUACCUUUGUUGUUUUAUUCCACAUUCCAAAAAAAAUCUAAAACCCGUGACUAUUUCUUGCAUAUGGUUUCAGUACUACUUUGAUGUAAUGAUCUUAAAAUCUAUUUGUCUUAAGGUUUCUUUUUUUACAUGUUUGAUUAAUAAUUUGUCUUCUGUAAACUAAUGAAAGCUAUAUGUAGUUAUUAACCUCUGAUAUCCAUCAGAUAGUUGACAUGAGUCCAUUUCCACUUAGAACUAACAGUGUCUUUAUUUUAUGCACUUUAUUGCUAAAUUUGAUAUUCCAAUUUAAUUUUUCAUUCUUUAAAACUUACAGGGAGUAUGGUUACGUUUUUGUCAUGUGGUAAUUUCAUGGUUUAGAUAAAUGGUUCCUUAUUUAUACAAAAGAAUGAUCAAUUUAGAUCUUAGAUGUAUCAGAGAAAAUCAUUUGACAAUGAUACUUUGUUUAUUUAUUUUUUAAAUUGAUUCAAAGCCUGUUAAGCCAAAGUGCGUUUAAUGACAGAGCCUUUUCCGUUCUCAUUAUCUUAAAUGCUCCUUUCCAUUCAGUUGAAAAAUAUAUAGCUGUUUGUAAGUGUUUUUGUUUUUUCUUAAAUUAAAAUGGAUUCACAGUUGUUACAGUCUCAAUAUGUCAGGUUUAAGACAUUUUGUACUGUUGGAGUAAAUCUUUUACAUUUAAAAAAGGAUGUGAAAAGUUAUACAUAAUUUGUAAUCAUCAAAAUAUAAUAUUUAAUCAUGUAUGGAAAAUGUAUAGCCUUCAGAAAUAUACAUUACAAUAAGAGCUUUAUUUGGUCUUUUAGUAUAUAUAUAUAUAUAUGAUCUUCCACCAUGCAGCCAGCUGAUAAUGUAAGAUGACAAUCAGAGCUGUUCAAGGAGAAAUUACAGGUCCAUAACUUUUAUAAACGGAAAAGAGAAGGCAUUUAACAGGACAUUAAAUUAAUAGGUUUUAAUACACAAAACUAAAAACAAUGUUUAAUUUAUAAUUACGUUAAAAAAAUUAAGGAGCCUGGGUUUGGUGCAUAUACUUUUUUUUAUUUUUUUUUAUUGCUUCAUUAUGAGCAGCGUAUUUCACUGUUGGACAAGAUGAUGUGAUUAUGAUGAGAGUUUUACAGAUUUUCCUGCUAAUUCACAAGUUCUCAGAAGCUUUUAAAUUGUAUUUAUUUAUUUUUUUGAAUACAUAUUCCAAAGAGAUGUUUAUCUUCAGGGCGGCACGGUGGUGUGGUGGUUAGCAACGUCACCUCCCAGCAAGAAGGUUCUGGGUUUGAGUCCCAGGGGACCCAGGACCUUUGGGUGGAGUUUGCAUGUUCUCCCUGUGUCUGCGUGGGUUCUCUCCGGGUUCUCCUGAUUCCUCCCACAGUCCAAAAACCUGCAUGUUAGGUUGAUUGGAAAUUCCAAAUUGCCCUUAGGAGUGAAUCUGAGUGUGUGUGGUUGUUUGUCCUUGUAUGUCUUGUGUGUGGCCCUGCGAUGGACUGGCAGACUCUCCAGGGUGUACCCUGCCUCUUGCCUGUUGACCACUGGGAUAGGCUCCAGUUUCCCCCGCGACCCCAUCACGGAAUAAGCGGUAAUGAUAAUGGAUGGAUGGAUGGAUGUUUAUCUUCACAGGGUGAUGCAGAAAGUAAUGUUGCUAGUCUGUUUUGGGGGCAAAAAAAGAAAGGGAAAAAAUACACACAGUAGUCUGGUGAAAAUUCUUGCUUUUCCAGCAGUCAAAUCAACUACUACAGGCCAAACCUGGCGAUAUCAGCACCUUUAUUAUUCUGACAGAACUGUCAGUAUAUCAGGUGUAUCAAACUCCAAUUGUCAUUGUCAGGGCCUGUUGGCAGUUUGUUCCUAUUAGUUUACAACAUUUUUAGCUACUUUUAGGUAAAAUGCCUGUGAAGAGAUAUUUAGCACAAUAUUUUUUGAUGAAAUUUUGUAAUCAGAAAAAACAUUCAUAUUUAACCAUGUGAGCUGAAAAUUCUAUGUUGCAUUGCUACUGGAAAAUUGUAACCAACAAUUAGGCUUAGCACCCUCAAAUAAUUAUUACUAACCUUGAAUUAGAAUGAUUUGCCACACCAAACCUAAGUUAUUUGAAAAUGUCUUAAGAAUGCUUUAGUAAUAAUGCAAAUCUCUAACAAAAGGAUACAAAAAAGAAGAUGGCUUCAGUAACUUGGAAUAUAUUACAUUAAAAAAGGAAAUUGCAUACAGGGUAUGAGUGAUGCUUUAAUUUUAGAUUAGUAAAUAAAGUGUUACAAACAAUGAUUAGCAGUAAAGUAAAAUAAAAAAUGUCAAGAAUGUUAUCAGUAUCCUCCUCAAAAUCAGUGUAACCCUUUAAAAAGUAGAAUAUGACAGCAAUGCUUUGACCUUGAAGGUUUUUUCUUUCUUCUGUUUUUCCUAAAUGUCAUUGGCUUGAAAUGUAUGAAAUAAUGUGCAUUUUUUUUGGAUUUGAACUUAUUUGAUAGAAAUUGUCACUGUGUGAAAUUCGCAUGAAUUGGAGGAAUGUUACUGAGAGUGGAAGUAUUGAGAACCUCUGGAAACAGGUGUGCAGAGUUGUGUAUAAGGAUAUUUUUCUGUUAAGGAAAUGCUAAACUGAUAGGGAACCCAGAAAGAAUGUUGAAAAGGUUCUAAUUAUAUUAAAUGUAGUUAAUUUUUAAAAAUGCUUAUUUAUCCAUAAGAAAAGAAAUGGUCUCCCAUCAAACUUUUUGGGAUCUCUGUCAUCGGGAAAAAUUAGGGUUGUGUUUAAGGCCGAAGCUGAGGUCAUUUUUGGAAAUUCAUAAAGCAAUAGUGUCCACUCAAUGACUGCUCACUCAAGGCUUCAUGUUGAAGCAAAUUUUGUGAUUUUUAGAAUGAUUUUAAUAUUAAUUUGUUGCUCUGCCUAGUGAGGAUGCUAUGCAUGAUCUUAUCAUCCACAAUGGUUGGCCAAAGUAUCUUUAUAUUUUUUCAUGACUCACUUGACAUCUGAUCUGCAGCAUGGCGUUGGAGAAUAAGGUUAUAUGCUAUUUAAGACCAUUUUGAUCAUCUUUUUACUGCAUAAAUCCACCAUUUGAGAUUAUUCAUACUCAAUUGCCAUGGUUUUCUCGGUGAGGAGAAAAAGAAUGUUGUAAACAAAACCUCAGCUUAGAUUAAAAAAUGCUCCAACUUCUUAAAGGAAGGCAGUUCUUUUUUAAACCAAAAAAUAAAGAAAAUACUUUUUGGUUUCUCUCUAUCUAUAACUUGGUUUAUUGAGAGGGACAAAUAUGCUGUUACCUAGAGCUCUUGAUUAUAUGAUACAUUACUUAUUGACGAAUAAAUUAAUGAGAAGCAUUGCAUUACCAUUAAAUGUGUUAUAGUCAUUGUGUUGUACGUAUGGUAGUAGCUGGACACCACCAUCUGAUUCACCAACUCCUGUUGAGGUUUUUCAGGUAAUUCAGCUCCAAAUUCUUUUUUAUUCUUUUUUUAAUCCUUAUUGAAAUUUUGAUAUUUUACUACAUGUAUUUAGUUUUUUUAAUUUUUAUUCUGAGCCUGUAGAAUUCCAGACCAGGGUAUUUUUUGUGUGGUGUAAUCUUCGAAAUAGAGAAUCAUGGACAGCAAUAGAGCAAUUCCUUUUAAGAAAUGUUUUAGAAUUAACUAUUUUAUUUAUGUUUUCAUUAUAAAGAGUUCAAAAUAUGAUUUGUAUUAUUUUGAAGAAAAUAUUGCAAUUUCAAAGGCAGCAUUUUAUAUUUCACUUCAUUGUGUGGAAUACAUUCACACAUUUAUGUUUUAAAUGUUAUUAUUUUAGGGUGGAACGGUGGUGUGGUGGUUAGCACUGUCGCCUCACAGCAAGAAGGUUCAAGGUUCAAAGGGGAACCAGGACCUUUCUGUUUGGAGGUUGCAUGUUCUCCCUGUGUCCACGUGGGUUCUCUCUGGGUUCUCCGGCUUCCUCUCGAAGUCCAAAAACCUGCAUGUUAGGGUUGAUUGGAUAUUCCAAAUUACCCUUGUGCUUGGUUGUUUGUCCUU